GUCCGGGGCCAGGUAGAGGCGAGCCGGAGCCGCACGCGCGCGGGUGCCAGCGGCGGUGCGUCCCUUGGCGGUCAUGGCCACCCGGGUGCUGAGCCUAAGCGCCCGCCUGGGGCCCGAGGAGCCCGUCUUCGCCCAGCUCAAGCCCGUGCUGGGGGCGCGGGAGGCGGCGGGCUUCCCCGAGGAGCUGAAGGCGCAGCCGGCGGGGGCAGGAGCGCGGCUGCCCGCCGAGGAGAUGGUGCAGACCCGAUGUGAAAUGGAGAAAUAUCUGACACCCCAACUUCCCCCGGUUCUCACCAUCCCAGAACAUAAAAAGUACCGACGGGAUAGCGCCUCGGUGGUCGACCAGUUCUUCACUGACAGCGAUGGGUUACCUUACAGCAUCAACAUGAAUGUCUUCCUUCCCGACAUCACUAACCUGAGAACGGGCCUGUACAAAUCGCAGAGGCCGCCUGUCACCCACAUCAAGACAGAGCCCGUCACUGCCUUCAGCCACCAGAGCGAAACUGUCCCUCCGGCCCCUAACCCUACACAGGCGCUUCCUGAGUUCACGAGCAUCUUCAGCUCCCACCAGACACCCGAUGUGAACAACAUCUUCAUCAAGCAGGAGAUGCCCACUCCGGAUCUUCACCUUUCUGUCUCCGCACCCCAGCAGGGCCAGCUGUAUCAGCUCCUCAGUUCUCCGGAUUUAGACAUGCCAAACCCUACCACCCAAGCUGCGGUGAUGGACUCCCUCAGCAAUGUUUCCAUGUCCUCCACCAUGGCAGGCCUUAACACUCUGUCGUCGGCAAUGCCCCAGACAACGAUGAAGCCAUUUCAAGGGAUCCCUCAGUGCACGUACGCAAUGCCAAACCAGUUCCUCCAGCAGCCAACCCCUUACUUCCCUCCUUCUCCCCCCAGCUCGGAGCCUGGCAGUCCAGACAGACAAGCCGAAAUGCUACAGAAUUUAACCCCUCCUCCGUCCUAUGCUGCCACCAUUGCCUCCAAGUUGGCAAUUCACAAUCCCAGCUUGCCUGCAAACCUCCCGAUGAAUUCGCCAGCCGUCCCGACAGUUAGAUACAACAGGAGGAGUAAUCCGGACUUGGAGAAGAGACGCAUUCAUUACUGUGAUUAUCCUGGUUGCACUAAAGUAUAUACGAAGUCUUCCCACUUAAAAGCACACCUGCGGACUCAUACUGGAGAGAAGCCAUACAAGUGCUCCUGGGAAGGAUGUGACUGGAGAUUUGCUCGCUCUGACGAGUUGACCCGCCACUACAGGAAGCACACCGGGGCCAAGCCCUUCCAGUGUGCCGUGUGCAAUCGCAGCUUCUCUCGGUCUGACCACUUGGCUCUGCACAUGAAGAGACAUCAGAACUAGGCAGGACUUCUCCUCCGCAAGUCUCUUUGGUGGUAUCUAUGCAACGUCCUAGUGACUCGACUCGAAGUAUAUAUUUUCAGUUAGAAAUUUAGAUAAGUCUUUGACUGUAUAUGAACUCUUCUCCAUUUUAAAACAGGAAAAAAAAACACCCCCAAGAAACUGGAAAUGUAUAUUUUGUGUAUUUAUAAGGAAACAGGGAAGACACUGUGUUGCCAUUCUUGAAAGUGUCCUGCCAUUUUAAGGCUGCGCAGACUUGCUUUUCACAAAGUUUUCAUCUCGGGGACACCCACCAUGUUGUAUAUUUUGCAGAUAGGGACUGGUUAGUUCCAUGAACACAUACACAUAAAACCCCUUGUCAGAAUUGGUUGCGCAGACAUUUGAUUUUAUAUGGAUACUUUGGAAAGCUGUUUCCAGAAUUCUGCAAUUCACAUGUCUGUGGAAGGCAGGAUCUUGCAGGUUUUGCAGCUUGUCUAGAUGUCAAGGCCGCUGCAUAAUCUGUUCUGAGUCAUUUGCUCUUGUCUGUGGGCACUAAAGUGACUGUGGGCACGGCUGCACCACAGACUUAAACUGAUUCAAUAUUCAUUUGGAAGGGGCUAGUGUUCUUUAACACAUCAGACUACAGUUCUGUUAUUCCUUGGGGGAAACCAUGGCUUAUCCAAGACUUGCCCUUGCUUGUGUCUGCAAAAUGUGCUAAUGGGAAGUGUCCCUAAAUUUAAGUAUUAUGUCUCAGAUGCUCUGGUAUCUAUAUUUUUAGUGUCCUGACCAAAACACUGUUCCUCUUAUACAAGCAGUGUUUAGGAAAUAUAACUUAAUUUGAAUUUACAGCCAAACGAAUCUUAAGGACAAGCCACAAUUUUCUGUAAGGAUUUUACUGGAUGUUUUUAAUACUUGUGUUAUAUUUUAUAAUUUUUUCCCCUUUCUGUGGAGAUGAAAUAUAUAGAGACAAAUUCAUAAAUAGCCAUAGAACAAAAUGUUCUGUAUGUUGCAUGUUUGUUAUGACAAAGAUUUUGUAAAUAUGCAAAUCAGCUUUUAAUGUUUUAUUACAAGAGAAUUUUUUUUUAGAAAAUCGGCUGGAAAAGUAGCAGCAAUUUUACUUUUGACAGCUUAAUACGGCACAUCUUCAAAUUCAGUAAUUUUAAAUACCUCUCAAAAUGGUACCGUCUUGGCUUCCUUUAGAGAGCUAGCCAUUCAAACACUUUUCCUGUUCUUAUUCACACAAACGUGAUGCACUGAGUGUUCAAAACAGGAUCAAUUUUUUCCCCCUUAAGUAUCUAAAAGGACAAAAUAUUUGCAACGUACAAACUGUAAAGCAGCUACCGGAAGCUUAACUAACAAGGAUGGGUAUGAUACACGAAACGUUAAACCUCGUACUAUAAGCUAAACUUAACAUUGCUUUGAAAAGAAGGAUUUAGGAUGCAGUUUUUGAAUAUCAAAACACUAAAGUGGCUCAGCACAAGUAGGAUCCAAUUCCAUAUGGAUAUUGGCUUUGAUCCGACUUUGAGAACGUGCAGCUGCCCAAGCCACAUGUGUAUGGCCUGUGCAAAUAAGCUGCAGUGGCACCAAACAGCUGUUUUCUGGGAGUAACAGAUGUUGGCACAGUUUUGCAGCUUACUCAGGAGAGCUGCAUGCACGCAUACGCAACUGCUGGAUCAAGUUGGGGAGCCAGGCACGCAGCACCUGUUUGUGUGUCUCUGCGUAUGCCGUUUCCCACCUCCUAGUGAUGUGCAUGCAGAAGCCUGUAUCUGUGAAUGUGUGUCUGUGUGUAGUAUUACAGAGGGCAACUCCAAGAGGGAAGGUCCUCUGCUGUAGAAUCAAGCUUCUUUUAUCACAGUCAUGGAUGCCCGACACCGUUUGACAAAUUUCUGCACAUCACUCAAAAGGGUCAGUUCAAACAUUACACAAAACCCUGGUUUGUUUUAAACAAACAAGUGAAACAAACCCUGGUUUGUUUCACUUGUGAAACCAGAAGAUCAUUCCAGUCCUGGUUUGCCUCAACAGAUGCCCGAUUUAUUGUCUUCUCUCUGUAGUUUGGGAGGAUAUUGCCGAAGAGGAAGCCAGGAUAAUCUGCAUUCAUACAUCAUACAAAAUGAUAGUUAAGACUGAGUAUCGUUGAUAAACCAAAUUCAGAUCCUGGUUUCUGAUCUUUGAUGGACCGUAACCAACCAUAGCAAGUGGAAUGCUCUUGUUUUCAGAUGAUUACACUAACCAUAGAUAUUUUUAUCAAACUCUGGUUUUGCGUAAUGUUUGAACUGAGCCAUUUUCAUGCCCAUUCUUAUCGAGUCUUCAUCUGCCCCCUCUUCCAGUACCCUUUUCCUGAAACCGCUGGGAAGGCAGUACCAUUUUGACCGUGUCCGCCUGUGUAUAUCUUAAACUAUAUUACAGCAGAAGCAUCCAACUUUGUGGCCCCCUGUACAGCCUUACAUAGACAACACUAAGGAAAGAGGGCCUCACCACAAUGGCAAAGAAGUCAAAAAGAGCAAACCGCAAAAUUGUGCCAGAUUUUAAGGUUUAAGGAUUAAGUAACAAUGCCCAGUAUUUCUUUUAUGAGGGAGAUAGAGUUCUGUUUUUACUCCUAUUUCAGCAAAAAUGGUUUCAAGUUCUGGUUACUUAAACCAUAAUAGCACAAUUUUGGGCAAUAUUAAUGUGUCAGAAAUUUCUGUAGGCUACAGUAAAGUUCAGAUGCAGAAGUGGAACAGUUGCCGGGAAGCAGGACAAAGUAGUUAGCGGGAUAUUUCCCUCUUUAAGGAAUAAGCUACAUGGCAGAGCAAUGGAGGGAAAAAAACAAAGGGCACAAUCCAGCCAAACAUAAUACCUUAAGCAGAUGCACCCCUCUUCCCUGCUGGGUCCCAAAGAUGCUUCUCUCACCCGCUGGAAUCAGUAAGACAUAAAUGUCUUUGCCUGGAUUGUACUCGUAUUCUUUAUCAGAGCCUGGUUUAAACACUCAUAUCUUUGUAUGAAUUCCUAGUCUGCCGUCUCACACUACAUAUGUCCAUCAGAACUGAUUUCCUUGAGAGAGGCUACUUGGCGAUCUCUUACGGAUAUCACAGGAAAGCUGAAAUGUUCUCGCAGAGUUUUUAGUUUUCUUUCCUCAUUGUCAGAUGUAUACCUGUUCAUUCCUUAAAUAUACCCUCUUUGCUCAUACGAACUACCAAUGGAGAUUUUCGGCAACGCAGCACUCCCUUUUGGAAAACAGAGCUCUGGAAAGAGUGCUGACUUAAAAUAAGAAAAUGUGGCCAAGCUCUUCUGUUAAAUAUGCCUUGCUGAAAUGUAUUGAGAAUAUUUGUAUCCAGUUUUCAUAAACGUUCCACUAGGGCGCAGUUUGGGGUUCAUUGCUAAGAUUUAUCAUAUAUAUCAGUCUGCGAUGCCGGUCUAGUGCUGUCGGCAUUGCCCGCUUGGCUUUAGUAACUCAUGCCAGUCAGCAGCCAAGCCAGUGACACAAUCGGCUGACAUUUCAAGGACCUCCCCUUGGUGUCAGUUGGAGUUAAACCUCUUUACAGAAGGUCCAGAUAAAGUCAGAGGAUUACAGGCAUGCAUUCAAAGAGUCUUUUCUGCACUGAUUUAUCUAUUGAAGAACCUCUGCUUAUCAGCCAUGGGAUCUCCAUGGAGAACUCACACAGCCAAAUGAGCGUGGUGUGCCGGCCAGCCCUAUUCAGCCCUCUUGUUGCCCAACGUAAACUGCAGUGGAAUAACAGUUUCCAGAAUGUGGCAAAUUCCCAGCCUAACCUAAAUUGCCCUUUAUUGCCAUGAGGGAAUGUGGUCCAUAAUAUUUGACCUAAAGGGUAGGUGAAGAGUUUACAACGAGAUGCUGCAUUUGUAGAAUUUGGUUAGAUGAUCUCCACUAGUGAGCCCCAACGUGGUGCUCACAGGGCCCAUGAUACGCUCUGACUGGUUUCCCCAUUGCUUCUUCCCCAAAGCAGUCACUCAGUCCUAGUUUUCCUCCAUGUUGGAGCAAGAGAUGCUUCGAGAAAGGCAGGGGGAUCUUUGUCUUUUCGGGAGCAUCUGUUGAGAAACAGCUGCCUCCCUCAAAGGAAGACACUUGGUUUGGACCCUCCCAAUAUUUUGUGAUUGGCCCCAGUACUUCAUGGCAGCCAUUUUGUGGAAUCGCCCAUUCCCUGUACUCAAAAUUCCAAAAGUGCUUAGCAAGAUGGGGAGCCCCAGAUACACGCCGUAAGUAAUGAAGUCAUGCAAGUUUAGGCCAUGAUCCAGGAAGUUGCAAGAUAAACUGCUUGUGCGGUUGGGGAAUCUCCUUUCCUGGUUAACCAAGUCAUUUUAGAAACUGAUCAGAACAACAGUGCCGGGCCUUUUCACUUGUGACUUCAUCCCAAGACUGUACCCAAGCCGAGACUGGAAAAGGGUCUCUCCUGAGCUCACCUCAGAGGCUGAGUGGUGACUGGACAAGCUUCUUGUUUCUAUUGCUACCCAAAGAGCUAAUGCUGACAAAAAGUAACAGGCCUGGCAAGUGCUUACAGUGUCUCUGUGUACUGCAGCCAUUGUCUUGGAUCCAGCGAUGCGCGAACAGAAACACAAACUGCCUUGUUGCAGUUCCGGUUGUGCAAGACCUUGUGCACUUUCUUAGGUAUUACAGUGUCCAGAAAUUGGUUACACAAGACCUUGCAAAAGCGGAAACGCAAGUGAGGUUACGAUACAUUUGACUUUGUGGUUGCCCCUUAUGGUGUCAUUGAGCGAUUCCGCACACGUUGGAUAAUGCACUUCCAAUCAUCUUUAUAGAUCAUUUGGAACGGAUCUUUUUGUGUGCAGAACAAAAAAUCCACCUUAAACGAUUGAUAAAGCGCAUUGAAAGUGCAUUAACCAACGUGUGCGGAAUCAGCCUUUGUCUUGUGUUUCAGCUUGCGCGAGAGGUCCAGCGCAAGUCUCGGAUCCUACCCAUUGAGCUGUAUUUUCAUGCUGUCAACCAAAGGGUAGCACUACAGUAACUAACUGACAUGCCAAAAAUGGUCUCAAAGCAGAACUUUGUUCAGACUAUUGUUUGUGUCUUUUAUUUAUUUUUUUGUGGUAAAUGGUAGACAUUUUUUAGAAAAACAAUUUUUUUCCAUAAACUUGAUAAAUUAAAGUUGUUAUGGCUUUUUUUAAAGGAAAAAAAAAAGCAUUGCUCUUAACUGUAAAUAGAUGAUGGGAAGAAAAAAAAAAGAUGUACAUAUUUUUUUUGUAAGGCUUCAAAUGUUUAAUCAUGGGGGAAAAAAUAAACCCCAAGCAUAUAUCGGGUGCUGUUUUGCUGCUCUCCCUUACCCCUCUUUUUUCUUCCCCGGUCCUUAUUUUUUUAUGGUGGUAUAUCCUAUGCAAAUGAUCAAGCAGACAGCUGUAUCUUUGUUGAAUGAGAAAGAAAUGGUUUAUAUAUAUUAAAGUCUUUUAUAUAUAUAAAAGACUUUUUUUUUCUUUUGGAAAAUAAAACAAAAGUGCCUAAA